GGAAAAACCGGGAGUCUUCAUGUCCUAUAAAUAUUGAUUCAGUACGAUAUGAACGAUAUUAUUGAAGGUUGUUAGAGUUGUUACCCUCUCCAGUUUCGAUAACAAGUUUUACCCUCUCCAGUUUCUUACCAGGAGAAACUGGAUUAGUCGAUAACAAGUUUCACCCCCUCCAGUUGUACCAGGAGAAGUUGUAUAUGAACCGAAAAAAAGUAAUUCAGCUUACAGCACUGUUUCUUGAGAAUACAAGAUCAAAAAAAAAAUGGUGCAUUUGUACUCGUUGACGUUGCAGAAAAGCACUGCGAUUACGCAUGCUAUUUAUGGGAAUUUUUCUGCUGCUAAAUCUCAGGAGAUUAUUGUGUCGAGAGGUAAGAUCCUAGAACUUUUGCGGCCAGACGAACAAGGAAAAUGCGUCUCGGUGUACUCGCAGGAAAUUUUCGUUAUGAACAGGAGUGAAUGGCUCUGGUAUUUGGUAACCUGAUUUUGAUCAUAAGGAAAACAAUUUGAAGUACUAGCAUUAGUCGCAGUCUGCCACAUUGGAUGGUAGAUCCCAACCUAACCUAACCUAUUUAAUACCUGAACAAUGAUGAAUAUUCACUAAUACCAGGUAUUAGUGAAUAUUCAUCAUUGUUCAACACCAGACAACAAGGACUGGUGUAGCUCGAUGAUUGAUGCUUAACAAGAACCAGUUGUAUGAUGAUUGAGCAUGUAUUGUUUAUUGAUUAAGUAUAUCAGUUUCAGUUAAUAUGUUAUUAAAUCUAUUGACAGGUCGCGUAUACAUCCUCGCCCUCGGAGUCAAGCCAGGUGCCGGGGGGCUUUGAUGUGCAGGAUUCACAACCGAACCGAACCUGACAACUCUAUUAGAUACUUAAACUUGUCCAACAAGAAAAGGAAAACUACCCCCCUCCCCCUUCCCCAUGAUAAUAUUAUAAUGAACAUCUUCCCUCUAAUCCUUGCAUCGUCCGAUCGUUGAUGCCUUUCCGUUUGAUGGGCGCAACGAGAGAUUACAUCCUGGUCGGAAGCGACUCUGGUCGAAUCAUAGUGCUGGAAUUUGACACUGCGAAGAAUUGUUUUAACCAAGUCCACAAAGAAACGUUCGGCAAGUCUGGAUGUCGACGAACGGUGCCAGGACAGUAUCUCGCUGUGGAUCCGAAGGGGAGGGCAUGCAUGAUUGGUAAAAAUUCUUGUGAUGUAUCUUUUUGAAGAAGGGGAGGGCAUGCAUGAUUGGUAAAAAUUAAAAUUCUUUUGAUGUACUUAUCAUGUUUUUGAAGAAUAAAAAGAUCAUGUUGAAAGUUUUCGAAGAAUAAAAAGAUGUUGAAAUAACUUCUUGUUGCUCCUAAGCGGCCACAUUCUUAGCGACAAGAAUCAUCAUCGAUUACAAUUCGGCAACAUCGUCCCACUCCAUUGCAACAGGCGCUCUGGAACGUCAGAAGUUCUGUUACAUCAUGAACAAGGAUUCCAGCGCCAGGCUCACCAUCUCUUCUCCCCUAGAAGCCCACAAAGACAACACCAUCUGCUACCACAUGGUUGGCCUCGACGUCGGCUUCGAACACCCUCAAUUUGCAUGUCUCGAAAUUUCUACUGAGAAAAUAGACGAGGAUCCGGAAGCAGAGAUGCCUCAGAAAACUUUGACGUUUUACGAACUGGAUUUGGGAUUGAACCACGUCCUGCGAAAGCACUGUGACGUUGUGGACAACACCGCACAUUGCUUGAUCCCAGUGCCAGGAGGCUUGAGCGAGGGACCGGGUGGAGUCUUAGUGUGCUGUGAGAACUUCAUCACAUAUAAGAAGCAGGGACAUCCGGAUGUAAGCUGCGCGAUUCCUGUGCGGUUGGAGAUGGCUAGGGUACUGCUACUGAUUUGAAUUUGAAUUUGGAUUUGAUGUUGUAAACUUAAAAAUAGAAGAACAAUAGAGCUGAAGUUCGAUCAUGAUCAAAUGAAAACGAAAAGAAGUUGCUCGUCACUACCACCAAAAAUUUCGAUCUAAUCACCGAGGACCUCCUCAACAAUUAUAUUAUAAAACCAAUAAAAAUAAUUAUUAUCUUUAUGAUCUUUCUUCACAACUCCCAGUCCCACUUCUCUCUCUCUCUCUCAACACACGACUCUAUAUUUUGCAACAGGACAAAGGGUUGAUGAUUAUUUCGUACGCGAUGCAUAAGCUGAGGGAGUUUUUCUUUUUUCUGCUGCAAUCCGAGUACGGCGAUUUGUACAAAGUCACUUUGACAUCCGACGAAGAGCUGGUCCACGAGAUCCAGUGCAAAUAUUUCGACACUAUCCCUCCUACCACCUCUAUCUGCGUGCUGAAAACUGGUUUCUUGUUCGCGGCUUCGGAAUUCGGCAACCAUGCUUUGUACCAGUUCCAAGGUAUCGGGAUAGACGAUGACAUGCAGUGUACCUCUUCCCAUCCGCACAAGGCACAAGCCCUAGUGGCGUUCAAGCCGCGAGCACUGAAGAAUUUGGUGUUGUAUGACGACAUCCCGUCCUUGUCGCCCAUUGUGGACAUGAAAAUUUUGGACGCAGCGGCGGAAGGCCAGUCGCAGAUCUACACGUUGUGUGGACGCGGACCUCGGAGUAGUCUGCGUGUCUUGCGGCACGGUCUCGGCAUCACGGAAAUGGCGGUCUCUGACCUCCCUGGUCGUCCUUACGCGGUGUGGUCCGUGAAAAAAGCCAUGAACGCCCGUUUCCACCAAUACAUCAUUGUGUCGUUUAUUGAUGUCACUCUGGUGCUCAGUAUCGGCGAUACAGUGGAGGAAGUGUUGGAUUCCGGUUUCCUGGCGACGGCGCCAAGUUUGCUGAUCGCUUUGAUGAGUGACGACUCGCAUGUGCAGGUCCAUCCAACAGGUAUUCGUCACUUGCUGCCGAGAAAGACCAACGAAUGGAAAGUUCCAGGACAGAAGAGGAUCACUACGGCAGCGGCGAAUGAAAGACAGGUACUACGUCAGAUGAAGUAGAUGCGUAGAAGCUUCUCGUCGUCGUCUCGACGCUUUCUUUAUCUUUACAGAGACCACUGAUUCUUCCCAUUUUCACUCAUGAUAUGAGUUUUGCACAGAAGAAGAUAAAAAUUGAUGUAAUUUUAUUUCUACUAGGAACAUCAGAUGUUCAACAUCUUUUGAAUCUUUACCUCCUCCACGACAAGAACAUCCUGCAUCCACCUACUACAUCUAAAUUAGGUCGUAAUCGCCCUUGCUGGUGGAGAAAUUCUCUACUUUGAGAUCGACGAAAACCACACGCUGAACGAAGUCGCAAAAAGAGAGAUGAAUUAUGAAGUGGUUUCCCUUUCCGUCCAACCGGUCCCGGCUGGCCGCACCCGAGCCAACUUCAUCGCCGUUGGUGGCGUCGACAACUCAGUGCGAAUUUUAUCCUUGGACAAGGAACGACCUUUGAAGCAGUUGAGUGCGCAGGCUCUGUCGCAUCAACCGGAGUCCGUCUGCUUGAUCGAGAUGAAGUCGACGACCGAUCGCGAAGCCGUCGGAAAUUCCGCCAACGCCGCUGACGGAGGUUUCAAAAACCUGUAUCUGAACAUUGGCCUUUCAGCUGGCAUCAUGAUUCGCUGCGUGGUCGAUUCCAUCACCGGAACUUUGUCCGAUCAACGAAGUCGUUUCCUCGGACAUAAGAAGGUCAAAUUGCACCGAGUGGAAGUGAACAACGGGGAGAGCGCAAUGCUGGCGCUCUCGCAGAGACCAUGGCUCACCUACAACUUUCAGGGGAGAUUUCACUGCACACCGAUGUGCUACGAGAGCUUGGAAUACGCGUGCACAUUGCAAUCAGAACAGUGUCAAGAAGGCUUCGUGGCGAUUAGCGGGAACUCAUUACGUACUUCUUCUUACCUACUCUCAUUGUGAGGAUGUGCUGAGAGAGUGUGUUGACGCAGCUUAAGAAGAUGAAGAUACUACAACAAGCACAGACUAUCUUUCUAGCAAGAUGAAAAUGUUUCUCUUCUUUCUUAGAUUAUACAAGCACUUUUCCUACAGUAGACGACCUCCCUUACCCUCGUCUCCGCUACAACAACAUAUUUCUACCCUAAUCUUGUUCCCUUUUCCGCUACAUAUAUCUUAAUCUUGUUCCCUUGUGGUAUCUUCUCGUGCACGACACACCAGGUAUCCUCGCCAUCGAGCGUCUUGGGGAAGUUUUUCAUCAGAGCGUGAUGCCGCUCAGCUACACUCCACGAAGGAUGGCUCCUCUUCCUCCACCAAGCAUCAGCCCAGAUCAGUUGUUAGAGGCGAAUAACCAGAAGAUUCACUUAGCCCUUCUCGAGAGUGACCACAACGCGUACAAUGAGGAGACUAGAGCGGAGAUUCGUGCGGCCUUGAAGAAGAUCCAAGUUUCGCCAGAGGAAGAAGAAGACCUCAGUGAGGAGCAGAUCGGAACGUUCAAGGCAGGCGAAGGCAAGUGGGGCAGCUGCAUCCGCAUCGUGGACCCGACGCAAUUGGCCACAGUGUGCAAAGUGAACCUUGACAUCGACGAAUGCGCUGUGUCGACGACUGUCUGUUACUUCACGCAAUUGCCGCGACAGCCGUGUUUGGUCGUGGCGACGGCCCACAACAUGACUCUGAUCCCGAAAAAAGCGCAGAGAACAGCGAUCAAAACCUUCAUGUACGACGAGAACUACCAGUUGCAAGUGAUCCACAGCACCGCGACGCCAGACAUCGUCCAAUGCUUGUUUCCAUUUGAAGGACGACUUCUGGCAGGAGUAGGAAAGUACCUCGUCAUUUACGAGUUGGGAAAGAGGAAGUUGUUGAAGAAGUGCGAAUACAAGAACUUGCCGGAGCAGAUCAGCUGGAUCCACGUCAAGAACGACCGGAUCUACUGUUGUGACGUCAGGGAAAGCUUCCACGUCUUGAAAUACAACAGGGAAGACAAUGCAUUGUUUGUGGUGUGCGAUGAUGUGGCACCUAGGUACUUUUUAUGUCUUUGGCUUUGUUUGUCUUUGUGUAGGUGUACUUAUAAUAUAACUUUGUGUAUGUGUCUUCAAGAACAUCUAUGUAAGAGCAUUAAGUUAUUUGCUGUGAACAAGGUUCCCGCAUCCUCCAGAUGAUCUCGUGGAAGAAAUUCACCUGUUCCAACGAUCCAAGAACAACUCUAUAACUUUUCAAAACAUACCAACUACAGGUACAUGAUGACCGCCUCCGUGAUCGAUUACCGAACUAUGUUGGGCAGUGACAAGUUUGACAACCUCUUUAUGGCACGAGUACCAGAGCACUGUGCCAACGAUGAGCAAGUCGACGUAACCGGUAUGCGACUGAAGUCCGACACCGCUUACAUCCUCAACCAGACGCCGAAACUCGAACACGUGAUGCAGUUCCACGUGGGCGAAACCGUUACUGCCUUGGAGAAGACGCCAAUCGCUCUUGGUGGCUCGGAUUGCGUCAUCUAUUCGACCAUUACCGGUGGUAUUGGCGCGUUGUACCCGAUUCCGACUACGGAGGACAUCGAAUGUCUGCAGCACUUGGAAGCGGCCAUGCGUACGGAAAAGCCACCACUCAGUGGUCGCGAGCAUAUGGCGUUCCGAAGUAGUUUCUACCCAGUACAAAACUGCAUAGACGGCGACUUAUUGGAGCACUUCAGUCUGUUGAACCAGAAAGAACAAAUAGCAGUAGCCAGUAGAGUAGACAAGACGCCAGCAGAGAUUCUCAAAAAGUUGGAGGACAUCAGGAAUCGAAUCUUGUAGAAGAACAUGGUCUUCGCGUGUGGCGAAAAGUUGAAAAAAAGUCUAGAGUUUUUAGAUUUACUUCUUCUCGUAGAUACCUUCCCCACAUUGUUAACUAUCUUCUCGUGAAGGUGCAUAUGAAGGUGAACAUGAACGAGAUGAAAACUACUGUCCGUAUACGUACCUUUUUGCGCAUGAUACAUCUUGUUUUGGACAAAGAUUUUUUCUUGCAUCUUCACCCGAACGAUCGUGGUGGUGCAAGUCUAAGAAAUAUCGCGAAAAACUCAAUGAGAUCAUUUAUGAUCACCGCAUGAUGGGGCUGUAGAUUCUACCAUAAAAUGCUCCUAAGUAGUUAUUUCACAAGAUUAUAAACAAGGUCAUAUAAUCUUCAUAUUACCUUCCCCCUAAAACUCGUAGAUGACGCUUUUUUUCCCCUAAAACUCGUAUUUUUAUUCCCCAAACAUGAUGAAGUAGACACUGAUGUAG